CCCACCACAAAGUUGCUAUCUAAGGGGAUUGACUUUAUUGGGAUGAUUAUGUCUGAGGUUAAUCAAAUAAGAAAAAUGGGAAACGGGCUUCUUGAUCUUCCUAUGCAGCUUCUCAUGUCGUCUUCAAUUGACAAUGUCAAAGAAAUUGCUUUUAAAACAAUCUCAUCUGUUUCAAAGGUUGAUAUCAAGACGUGUCUGGAAUCAACUUACCGUUUUGAAGUUAAAAAGGUACGGACACUCAAUAUGCAGGGGAAGAAGAAAAGAAGAAAUGGUCGAUUGGUUGUUAAACCUAAUUACAAGAAGGCCUAUAUCACUUUGAAGAAUCCAAUAUCAAUUGCUUCUGACACUGUUUCUAAAGGAAAUGAAUAAUGAAGUUUUAAAUACGUAAAACAGUCAAUACAGGAAAGUAAAAAGAUAGCAUUUGUCA